AUGGGAAAUUCUAUCGAAGCCCUCUCAAAAGAAGAAAUAAGCGAAGUUGAUUGGGACUCCCUUUCGCUAGAUUCUCUUUAUUUCUCUUUAAACCCUGACCUUCUGCAAUCUGAAGCUGCAAGAAAUCUUUACAAAUCUGCCUGCAUAAAUUCCCCAAGAUCAGGAGUUGUUUGGAUUUUGACAAAAAAGCUGAUAGACUCCUUCAAUGAAAAACUCCUCCCAAUUAACCUAAUGCUUCUCCUCAAGCAUUUCUUUGCUUUUUUAUACUCAGAAGGAAUUCCUUAUCAAUUCUUAUUCCAAGACACAUCUUCUAAAAGUCAAGAAGCCUAUAAUAGUUCAUUUCAUCGGCUAGUCCCAUGCAUGUUUUACUUCAAAUCACACUGCAAAACAGUUUAUGUUAGUGUUCCUCAAUCGCCGGACUAUAAUAAAGCUAUUGAGCAAGCACAUCUUCUAGAUACAAUAAAAGUGCAUUUUCAAGAAGUCACUGACUACCUUAUGAGCAAAAAUGAAAGAAUUUAUUUGGUAGAUGAUUCAAGAAAAAGCAUUGAUAUUGAUAGCAUUUAUAAGCAUUACACUGAAAACUCAGACGAAGAUAGCUUGAAAGACCCGUUUAAGCCGCAAACCAAAGUAUUUUCCAUAUUCAAAGCAAAUAUCGAAACUGCGGAAUGCGACUUGACUUCUCCUAUGAAUUGGUUUUUGAAUGAGCUGGUCACCAAAAUUACCCUCCUAAAUCCUUUGAAAGAUAUACAGAAAAUUGGGACUGGAAUUGAACUAUUGCUGACAAUGAUGUCUAGCCAACUUUAUUAUAUGGACAAGCCUAUUGAAAGGAUUAAUUAUGAAUGUUUUAAAGCGUCACCUGUAGUGGACUUGCUAAUGAAUUCACAACAAAGUAUUUGCCAGCAGUUUUCUUGGAAACUUUUAGAAGUGAUAAAGCACCAUUGAAAAUCUGAAAAACCUAGCCCAGGCUUUCUUUCCGUAUUUUAUAAUACAAAUUCACGUGAAAAUAGAGAGCAAGAGUGCUUAUUUUUGGCUCCCAAAUAUGCCUUAGCUUUGACGAUUUUAUUACAAAAUUAUUCACGUCUUGAAAACCCAUUUUUGAUUAAAAACUGAAAUAUCGAGUGGGAAGAAAUCACCGAGCUCUUAAUCGAGUAAUUUUUAUCUAGAAACAUUGACAAUUCCCAAUUUCUUUUAUUGUUUUACAAUUUGCUAGCAAAUAAUCCCAGCUUUCACGCCCACCUCGUUUCUAAGUCAGAGCCUGAGCGAUUUUUAGAGCCCAUGGUAAAAUUUCUUUAUACAGAAACUGCUUUUACAGUAAAAUGCAGCUUAGUUUUGAUUAUCAUUUUGCUUCUAUCAAGCGAUAAAAUUUUCUUGAAAUUUAUCAAUAGCAGUAUCCAGCUUCAACAAAUUUCUUGACUGCAAAAUUACAGAAUUGAAUCCAUGAGCCUUGGGUCUUGUCUGUUUUUGGGAAUUUUAAGGAAAUUUCGAGAAAAUUUGAGGAGUUCUAAGAAUGAGUUAGUUGCUCUUAUUAUUCAGAUUAUCGAGAACUCGCUUUAAUUUUCGGUUUCUUUGCCCGCUUGCCAGUGGCUUACGCUGGGGAAUCGUCCCGAUUGGCUAAGACGAAUGCCAUUGGCUUUGACUGAAGACCCCUUUCCAACUUCCAGACCUAUUUCCCACUGAGGAAAAAACUUUUCAUUUGAGCAAAUAAUGCAGUUGGCCAGCCCUACUAAGAAAACUAUCUCGGAUGCACAUUCCCGAACGCCAUCCUCCUUUCCCCAGGUCCCUGCGCAGCCUGUGAGAUGCCAAUAGAAGGAGUUAAGAGGGUGGUUUGUCGUUUUAAUAUAUACUCUAAGAAUGAAUACUUAUAUGUGAUUUCUUCAAGCUGCUUCUAUAAUAUUGCUGAGUCUUCUACUAAUCUUCAUGAGUUAGUGUGCAUGGACUAUUUAUCAUUAGUAAAGGCUGUCUAUAAUAAAUACACAAACUUGAAAAACAAUGAAAAACCUCCAGAAGAUAUACAAGGCUGUGUCGAAAUUCUGAAUUUAUUAAUUGAAAUUUUGGCAAAAAUCUUGGUUUUCAAUUACAACUCUAACCCUUUUUUGAUUUAUUCAAUAUUACACCAAGCAGAGCUGAUUGAAAAUAUAAAAGAAGCAAACAUCAUCAAUAAGAACAUUGAUAUUAUUAAAGGUGUUAUAGAUUUCUUUCUACCUAAAAUAAAUAGUGAUGAAAAUAUAAUUUUGGUUAUCAUGAGUUACUCUAAAACGUUCAAAAUCAAUAGAGAAAUUGAACUCCAAACAUUUGAUGGAGCACUCAAUGUAGAAUUCUUUGAGGAAAAAACAAAGUGGGAGGAAUGCAUGAUACCAUUUAUAUGGGCUGAUACAAGUAAAUUUUUGUCUCUACCAAACAAAGAGAGAAUUUUGCUGUUUAAGUGUGAAGAUGGGCUUUAA